GGCGAAUCAUAAGUAGAAAGCUGGUGGGCUUGUUGUGCCGACAUCGUAUUCUUAACGGAACACUUUAUCCGCGGCCUAGACUUGCCCUAGACUUGCUUUUCGCCCUUAUAAAAGUAUGCGGUUCUCUCCCUCGUCUUCGGUAUUUUCACGUAGUCCGCCGCAAACUAGACGACUAUAAUGACCAUCGUUCUUAACCCCUACUGGUCCAAUGGAUUUCAAGGACUCAGGUUGGCCCCCCAACCACCAGCUCAACCGAAACAUGGCCUGGUGCCUCCAAUGUUUGGACCUUCCAUUCAUGAAGAACGAACUCUCGCUCAGCUCAGAUCCAAGCAGAACAAUCUCGAAAAGUACAUCUUUUUGUCCGCGCUCAAGGAGCAGGACGCUCCUCUGUUUUACAGAUUAUGUCUGAAAUACAUGAGUGAGAUCACUCCACUCAUCUACACACCAACCGUUGGUGACGCCUGUCAACAAUGGUCCCACAUCUACCGUCGUCCAGAAGGAAUGUACGUAUCGAUCAAAGACAAGGGAAACAUUCGCGCCAUCCUUGAAAAUUGGCCUAAACCGGCUGAUGCGAGGAUUAGUGUUGUAACCGAUGGUUCACGUAUCCUUGGACUCGGAGAUCUUGGUGUCAACGGAAUGGGCAUAUCAGUUGGGAAAUUGUCCCUUUAUGUCGCUGGCGCAGGCAUUCGCCCUGAAUCAACCAUCCCGAUAUGUUUGGACCUCGGAACAAACACUCAAACAUAUCUCGAUGAUCCAUUAUAUCUCGGCCUCCGACAAAAACGCGUCUCUGAGAAAGAGAUGACCGAAUUCAUGGACGAGUUCAUGUAUGAAAUAUCCCGUACUUUCCCAAAAUUACUCGUUCAAUUUGAGGACUUUUCAACCGACCGCGCCUUUCUUUACCUUGACCGUUACCGCAAACAGUACCCUGUCUUCAACGACGAUAUUCAAGGAACGGGAGCGGUAGUUCUUAGUGGUUUCAUGAACGCAGCCAAAUUAUCAUCCGAGGCAUCCGGUCUUCCCUUGACCUCUCACAGGAUCUUGUUCUUUGGCGCAGGAUCCGCUGGCGUCGGUGUCGGAAUGCAGCUUAUGAGCUUCUUCACCCUGCAAGGUCUGCCAGAGCAAGACGCCCGGGAACGCAUCUGGCUCGUUGACUCUCAAGGCCUCGUCUUCGACACUCGCGGCCCCAUGGCUGAGCACAAGAAGUAUUUCUCUCGCAGGGACUAUAAUGGUCCACCUAUCAAAGAUUUGCUCGAGAUCCUCCAGUUGGUGAAACCAACUGCAUUAAUUGGACUUUCAACCACUUCGAACGCCUUCUAUCCCGAGGUCAUUUCAACGAUGGCUGUUCUUAACCCGCGGCCAAUCAUUUUCCCCCUCUCAAAUCCGGUUCGCCUGUCAGAAUGUACCUUCGAGGACGCGGUAAAACACAGUGACGGCAAUGUCUUGUUCGCUUCUGGUUCACCGUUCCCAGAUACGCCGCAUGGCGGAAAGACGUUAUAUCCAGGUCAAGGCAAUAACAUGUACAUUUUCCCGGGACUUGGCUUUGCUGCCAUCCUCGCGCGAGUCUCUUCAGUCACAGAUUCGAUGGUGGAAGCCUCAUCUCUCGGGUUGGCCAACUCAUUGACAACUGAAGAGCGGAGCCUCGGUAUGCUCUACCCGUCAAUUUCCCGAAUUCGCGAAAUAAGCGCCUUCAUCGCCAAGGAAGUUAUACGUACAGCACAAAAAGAGGGUGUCGACCGCUCAACGGGGCUUCGUGCCAUGAACGAUGCAGAAUUACUUGCCUUUAUUGACGGCAAGAUGUGGAAUCCCUAGAUACCCUGUAUACAUGCCAUUGUACAUUUAAAACUAGAUAUCCUGCAGGUGCAAUAGAUAGACCACGCACGAGGCUCACCGGCUCGACGGCAACUUCGGAUGAUUUCCAUCACAAAAAGUUGCACCCACACACCCGGUACCGCACUUAGUCCGCGCUGGCUGCC